UCAAAGGCCAUGUUCAUUCGUGGUCUUGUUAAGUAGGACAUCACAAUUUACAGUAUACCCGUGCACUUACAAGUGGGUACGCACACGUACGAAGACACGAUCAUACAGAGGAAGCUCGACGAACAACUACGAAACAUGAAUUUGGCCGCUGAAAAUCCACCCUCUGCUGGAGAGGACACUCCAGCUGCCGUAACUCCCGCAUCCAUGUCUCGAUCACCCUCCGGGACUCUAUACAGAAAAGAGCGGUCUUUUCCGACUUGGAUUCCGACAUCCUUUGGACGCGGUAUCAUCCGUGACCUCAAGGCGCGGGCACCAUACUAUGCUAGCGACUGGACCGACGCGUGGAACUACAGAGUGGUGCCCGCCAUCGUCCUCAUAUUCUUCGCGAACGUACUACCGGGCAUUGCAUUCUCUCUGGACCUCAUAGAAACCACUCAGCAGUAUGGCGUCGCCGAAGUGCUGCUCUCAUCCUUCAUGGCCGCCUUCAUCUUCUCCAUCUUUGGAGCGCAACCACUCUGUAUCGCUGGCGUCACCGGUCCCAUCACUGUGCUUAACAAGACCAUCUUCGACAUCAUAGAGCGUCAGCCCGAUUCGCCGGACUACCUCCAGUUCGUUGGCUGGGUAUACUUAUGGGGUGCGAUUUUGCAUUGGAUCACGGCUGCGUUGAACUGGUGCAACUUCCUCAAAUACGUCACAUUAUUCUCCUGCGACACCUUUGGCUUCUAUGUCUCCUGGGUCUACCUGCAGUAUGGCGUUCAAGUCAUUACCAGACAGUUCACCUUAGAUGGUGACUCUACAUCUUCCGCGACUUUGGACGGCGCCUUCGUUGGCAUCGUUCUCGCGCUCCUCAUGACAGUCACUGCAUUCCUAUUCCGCACGCUCUCACAGUCGGCGUACUUCCAUCGACACGUCCGUCGCUUCCUCGCAGACUAUGGGAUGCCGAUAUCACUGGUCGCGUCUUCCGCAAUGGCCUACUGGGGCCGCUUCAAUACCGCCAACCCGACUACCUUGCCUAUCGGACAUGCGUUCAUGCCUGCAGGCGACCGUCCAUGGCUCGUCCGCUUCUGGGAGCUCGACGGGAAGUGGGUCGGCAUCGCGUUCCCUUUCGGCUUCGCGCUCUGGGUUCUGUUCUUCUUCGACCACAACGUCUCGUCGUUGAUGGCCCAGGGCACGGAUUUCCCUCUUCGCAAGCCCCCAGGAUUCCACUACGACUUCUUCCUGCUCGGGGUCACCACUUUCAUCGCCGGGCUGCUCGGCAUCCCCGCGCCCAACGGUUUGAUUCCGCAGGCCCCAAUCCAUACCACCUCCUUACUCGUGAUGGGCCAUCCCAAGAAACUAGACGUCGAGGGCGGUGCGCGGACUCCUCGACCGCCAUCUCCACCGUCUGCGCGAGACGAGAAGCGCAGGACUACAGAAGCCGAGAACGGCGCUAUCGCACGCACCAGGUCGCGCAUACAUGGACCCAGUACCGACGACAUGCUGGAGCCGGACCCUACACAAGCUCACGAUGGGGAAGGCGAUGCUCGCCAACACGAGGUCCCGGUCGCGGCGGUGGAGCAGCGCGUCUCGAACCUAGCGCAAGGAUCGCUCUGCCUCAUCCUCCUUACCGGACCCUUCCUGCACGUGCUGAGUCUCAUCCCGCGAGGCGUCCUAGCUGGGCUGUUCUGGUAUAUGGGUUUAGAUGCCCUCCAAGGGAACGGAAUAACACGCAAGAUCCUAUACUUCUUCCGCGACAAGGCGCUCACGCCCGCCGACGAGCCUCUUCAGCGAGUCCGAAAGUCUAGAAUCUUGCUCUUCGUCGCGGUACAGCUUGUCGGAUUCGGCGCCACGAUGGCCAUCACACAAACCAUCGCGGCGAUCGGGUUCCCUAUCAUCAUCUUCCUCCUCGUGCCGACGAGGAUGUGGAUCGUUCCCCGGCUACCGUUCACUGCGGAAGAACUCGCUAUCUUGGACGGCCCAACAGCGUCGCCAUUCACGAUGGAAUCCGUAGGAGGCUCCAUGUAGUUCAGAAGGCAUGUACAUUCAGAACACGCGCAUAUUCGGCGGAGAACAUCGCAGAGGCAGUAUAUAGAAACCCC